CGCGGUGAUCCGUUUUUCAUCUUGAACCGAUGGGCUUUCUAGCAAUGUUCACGAGUCCAGUUCGAUACGGAAUCAGGCUAACCCUAAAUAUCAACACGACCAUCAGAUUGUGAUCCUACGGUUCUGAAAGGUGCUUGGAGCUCAUAAAAUCGGGCUCCUAGCUUUUCAAUAGUCCGUCGCUCCUCGAUUCCCGUCCCUUUCGUCUUGCCCUCUUGCUUCUACUGAGCUUCGGAGGAGAUCAGUAGUUGUUUAGAAGCAAUGGCUGUAACUUUCUACAAUCUCAACUCAGACUCUGGCCUCAAAAAGCUUAAUGAUUACCUUCUUACUCGUAGUUAUAUAACGGGUUACCAAGCUUCCAAGGAUGACCUUGCUGUGCAUGCUGCACUUUCCACAGCCCCAUCAUCGGAGUAUGUUAAUGUUGCUAGGUGGUAUAACCACAUCGAUGCUCUUUUAAAGAUGUGCGGUGUCACUGCGGAAGGUGCUGGUGUGAAGAUUGAAUCAUCUGCUUCUGUUUCUGAAGGGGCCCCAUCCUCUCCUCCUGUUGCUGACAAAAAGGCCCCAGCUGCUGCUGAUGACGAUGAUGAUAUGGAUCUGUUUGGUGAAGAGACAGAAGAGGAAAAAAAGGCUGCUGAAGAGCGUGCAGCGGCCACUAAAGCAUCUGGAAAGAAGAAAGAGUCUGGAAAGUCUUCAGUACUCCUUGAUGUAAAGCCUUGGGAUGAUGAAACAGACAUGCAAAAGCUCGAGGAAGCUGUAAGGAGCGUCCAGAUGGAGGGUUUGCUAUGGGGAGCUUCAAAACUUGCUCCAGUUGGAUAUGGCAUCAAAAAGUUGCAAAUUAUGAUGACCAUUGUGGAUGACUUGGUUUCUGUUGAUGACCUUAUUGAGGAGCAUCUCUUGGCUGAACCAGCAAAUGAAUACAUUCAGAGCUGUGAUAUUGUGGCAUUUAACAAAAUCUAGGACAAUUUUGUAUGGCUGGGAGAUGACACCAGACUGGAAGGUUAUCAUCAUGUUCAGUAGAUUAUAGUGUGAUCUAGUCAUUUAGAGAGCUUUUGGAACUUUGCUCUGGGGAGGACCUGCUUCAUAUGAUAUUAUUAAUCUAAACUUGAAAUUUUAUGGUGAUAUGCAUGACAUUUUUUAUGUGACUGUUGCUUUUGAAUUUGGCUUUGUUGGAAUCCCAGUUGAUGUCUUAUCGUGGAUGCUACUUAUUGCAUGACAUCUGUUAUUUGCAUGAAAUCUGGUUUGACUGAGAGUAACUCAGUGUUUCAUG